AUGUGCAGCUUCAAAAACGUGUGGAAACAAUCUGAGUGCCCUCAAUCUCAAGAAUAUCAACAACGCGUAGCCGAGCAGAGAAGGGCCGAGUAUGAACGCCAGAAUGCUUUCGAUUACGGCCAAAUGACACCACCACGCUCACCGCAAGACGACGACUACGAGAGCAGAAGGAGAGCCCAUCACGAAAACUAUCUGAAACAGCUGGAAGAAAGAAGGUUGGAAGCGGCGCGUCGUAGAGCUGAAGAGGAAAGAAGACGAGCUGAGCAUCUCGCUGGACAUGGUAGAGCCGAAGAAGAGAGGAGGAGAGCGGAACACAUCGCUGAGCAU